AUUCAAUAAAUCUACCCUCGCUAAUGAAGUAGAGAAGACUUUCUAAGAUUUAAUAUAUUAAGUUCAAUUUAUGGUCAUAUUGGACCCACCUUAGGGACUGAACCCCAGAUCCAGGGGCCAUGAGUUCUACAAUUUUGAUAGAGGGAUCCAUGAACAACAUAACCAUGCAUAUAGUUUUUCUCUAAUAUACAUAUAUGUGGAUAGAGAAAAAGAUUUUCUAAGAUUUAAUAAAUUUUCAUUAUUUGGCCAUAUUGGACCCAUUCUAAGGUCUGAACCCCUGACCCUAGGACACAUGUGGGUUAUAAAGGUAGUGAUCAUUGCAGAAAAAAUUUAAAUAACCCUCUUACACAGGUUAUGUAUAUUUUCUGCAAUGUUGCCACCUUCAUAUCCCACAUGAAUCACCAAAGAUAGCAUUUUAUUGUUUAAGUAUUCAUUUGUGUAAAUGCCUCAUACAUGUACCUGCUUUUAAAGUCUCAUAAACCAACCAGGACAUUGUGUUUAUAUUUAUAAAACAUUAGAUUGCAAUUUGCUAUAUACGGUAAUCACAGGAGCCAUUCUCUAAACUAAAUUCCCUUUAAUUGUAACAAUCAUAUACAUGUGUACAUUUGUUAGAAGUUCAGAAAAUCUUGUAUAAACACUGUAGGGCAGUAGGGAACGUCCAUUUAAAUGUUCAGUCAGCAAUCAGUAUUGUUGUUAUUCACCGAUGCAAUCAAUAGUGCUAGGUAACUGUGCUAAAGAUAGAACUGAUCUAAAGCUGUAGAAAAAUUAAGUCUUUUCAAAGAUAGCUAAAGUUUCUAUGAGGUUCCUUAUGACCUUGGGGAUGACAGACUGUUGAUAUGAACAUUAGGCUCAGAGCCAUGGCCUACUCCAAGAACACACAAAGACAGCACCAUCGAUGAAAGGCCACAGCCAGAUGUUGGCUCUUAGUGGUGGUGUAAAUAAAGGAGACAUAUUUUGUGAUUUGUGUAAAAAAUAUGAGAAAGUGGAAAAUCACUGUGUGGAAUGUAACAAAGACAUGUGUAGUGUGUGCAAGCACCACCAUUUGAGGGCAAAGGUCAGUGCCAAGCAUCAUCCAAUCAGCUUGAAGUUGUGGGAGUCACACACUGGGAUUCUUCAGUGUCCAAUACACAGUGACAGCUUCAUGACCCUAUACUGUCAUUUCUGUCAAAAGAUGGUGUGUGACAUGUGCAGUAAAAACCUGAACACGAAUGACCCACGACCUUGUUUCUCCCGCAGUAAGAAAGAGGAGAUGAUGUGUAUGCUGGAUCUGUACAAAAAAGGAAAGCUUACCCUUGAGGGGUUGACUUUUGAAGAAUGUCACCUUUUGGAGGAGUGUUUAAUUGAGGACCAAUUCAUUCAGUCUGAACUUGUGGACAAAGUCAAAGCCCGGAUACACGAGGAAGUAGAAGAGAACCGUAGUCUUAUUGCGGGAUAUCAAGAGAAAUUUGAAGCAUGGUAUCAAAAAAUCUGUCAGGACUUUGUGGCCAAAAUGAAAAAGUAUACAAAGAAAGCAGAAAAUUAUCAUGGCAAGGAGCUAAUUCGACUGUACAGAUUUGCAGAAAAUGACAUGAACAGGCCAAGAGAGCAUGUUCAGCCUCUCUAUAAUAUACCCUCCCCUGAGUUUGUUCCUGGGAAGCCAGGGGUAGGCUCAGUUGAGGAAAGUUUUGGUAAACUAGUGUAUGAUGACCUCAAUAUACAGUGGAGAAAGCAUAUCAUGCUGUAUAACUUACUAUGUGCAAAUUAAUUUAUAUAAAAGCCAUUAAAAUAACUGACAUCUGAAAUUAAGAUAUCAAUAGCAUAAAUAUUUAGUAAAAUUUUAUGUACAAAACAAUAAAUAUCAACACUCAUGAUGACCAUAACAUACUAUGCACAAUAUAUCCAGGGUUUUUUCCAUAUAUCACAAAAUUUGUGAAAAUGGGGAAAUGUUUCAAUUUUUUAUUUGCAUCAGUCAUUUUUUGCGAUUUUUAAAGUUUCUUAAAGCAAAAAAUACAGGAAAAACUUUCUGCGUAUUGAAAAAUUUGUGAUUUAAAAGUGAUCACAAAAAAAAAAGGAAAAAAUUAGAUCAUCACGAAAAUCACAAAAUAUACCGUACUUGAUAGCAACUAUAUAACAUUAACAUACAUAUACUGUUGUACACUAGAAUAGCUGAUGACAACACCAGGACAACUACAAUGUGCUUACAAUGAAAGGAGGUCGGAUGGUCAGCAAAUUAACCAUCAGAUUUACCUACAACUUAAUUUAAGAUAUCAUUUGUUUUGCUAUAAACUAUUACAUGUACUUAGAAAGAAGAAAUCAUAUAUAUUUUACCAUUUAAAUUUGGGUGUUUUCCAAUAUUCAUUUAUAGAGAACUAUUCUUAUAACAGAGAUUUAUACAGUCUAAAAAUGGCCAGGACCUUCGAGCCUUCUUAAGGAUUCUCCACACCCUCUGACUUCUACUUUUAAUGACAGUACAUUACAACAUGGCGAUUUGAAUAGAUUGUGAAACAGUUUAUAUUGCCAAAAUCCUUUGUUGUCUAUCUCGGUGGCGCAAUGGGUGUAGCUUCAAUCUACCAAUCUGAAGGUCCCAAGUUCGAAUACCGCAAGGACUUUUAUUUUUAUGAAUAGUUGUACAAUUUAAAAAACUUAUGUUUUAACCAACAACUGAAUUUUUUCUGUCCUUUUCAUGUCAAAGACAUGAUAGAAAUCCAUAUCUUUAAGUAAUUAAGGAGUUCGGGUUUGUAUGCAGAACUUUUACCAAGUGUGAGCAUCGAGGACCAUUAAGAGAUAUCAAUAUCCCUGUCUUUACACCAUUUACAGAAAACCUGAUAUCAACACCCAAAUGCAAAUUUAACAUUGAUAUUACUAUAGUGAUAUAAGUUGAUCUUUAGUACAAAAAGUUAUAGGCUUUCUGCUCACAAACCUGCAAAUAUUGUGUUAUUGAUUUUAAUAUCUACUCACUGUAUACAGUUUUGCUGAUAUUACAUACUUUUUCAUAAGAAUUAUAUUUUUCCAUAUAACUUUUUAUAUUUUUUACUGUAAAUGUACUUAAAGUUAAUAAAACUUGCUGUGAACUUAAUGUUGUGUUCUAGAGUUUGAUUGACAUGAAAUACACAUCAAAGCAAUAGCACAGCUAUUGAAAAGAGCAAGUACAUUGUAUAUUCAAAUGCUCAACACAAGUACAGUGUGACAUCAUCUGUGUUGUAAUAACUGCAUGGUAUCACAGUACUGUAAGCACAAUUUAAAUAAACAGCCUCAUUGACAACCUGUUCCUUAAUAAACUUUUUACUCUU